AUGAGACCUAUGCUUGUUCGCUCCGCUCUACGGAGCGCUCGCAUGUCGAGCUUCAGACCGUUGUGCCAGGCGCAACGCUUCAGCAUCAAGGCUGAGGCAGCCUCAUCCAUCAAACCCCUUGGCUUAGAUGCUUCAAAACUCACCAUUGAGAGAACGGGAAAGCCCAAGGGUCUCAGCAAGCCUGAGGAUUUGGUGUUUGGAAGGGAGUUCACAGACCACAUGCUUGCGAUCGAAUGGAAUCAGGAUGAAGGAUGGUUGGAGCCCAAGAUCACACCCUACCAGAACCUCUCUCUCGACCCUGCGACAUGUGUCUUCCAUUACGCCUUCGAGUGCUUCGAGGGUAUGAAGGCGUACAAGGACAAGCACGGCAAGGUGCGACUUUUCCGACCCGACAAGAACAUGGCUCGACUCAACAAAUCAGCUGCCCGUAUCGCGCUCCCUACUUUUGAGCCUCAUGACUUCACCGAGCUCGUCUCCAAGCUCGCCAACCUAGACUCUCGCUUCAUCCCCGACAAGCGAGGAUACUCACUCUACCUCCGCCCGACCAUGAUCGGAACUCAAAAGACACUUGGCGUUGGCCCUCCUGGAUCUGCUCUUCUCUACUGUAUUGCCUCGCCCGUUGGUCCUUACUACCCCACUGGCUUCAAGGCUGUUUCUCUCGAGGCCACUGACUACGCUGUCCGUGCUUGGCCUGGUGGUGUUGGUGACAAGAAGCUGGGUGCCAACUACGCGCCCUGCAUCGUUCCCCAGCUCCAGGCCGCCAGCCGUGGUUUCCAACAGAACCUUUGGCUGUUUGGCGAGGAGGAGUACGUUACUGAGGUCGGCACCAUGAACAUGUUUGUCGCUCUCAAGAACAAGGAGACUGGUAAGAAGGAGCUUAUCACAGCUCCCCUCGAUGGGACUAUCCUUGAGGGUGUCACUCGUGACUCUGUCCUGCAACUUGCUCGCGAGCGCCUUGCUCCCCAGGGCUGGGAGGUCAUCGAGCGCAAGUACACCAUGAAGGAGCUUGCUGAGGCUGCUGAUGAGGGCCGCCUGCUCGAGGCUUUCGGUACCGGAACAGCUGCCAUUGUCAGCCCUGUCCGAUCCAUCUCUUGGAAGGGAAGAUCCGUUGACUGCGGUCUAUCCGAGAUCGAAGAGUCUGGUGAGAUUGCUCUCCAGAUGAAGGAGUGGAUCGAAGCCAUCCAGUAUGGUGACGAGGAGCACGAGUGGAGCUACGCUAUCUGA